AUGAGUGACGUCCCGAUGCAGCACGUGCGGGAGAAACUGCAGGAGUGCGCGCGCGAGGCCCACGAGCUGUACCUGCACUCCUCUAUCCCGGUCCUAGAGGGUCCUCCUGAUCCUCUGGACUUCUACAGAUCCUGGAUCAGCCCCAACAGACCGUGUGUGAUCAGAAACGCCCUGAUGCACUGGAGAGGGACCGGACUCUGGGACCUGGACUACCUCAGACAGACAGUGGGAGAGAAGACAGUGUCUGUGGCUGUGACUCCAGAUGGUUUUGCAGAUGCAGUGAACGGAGAUCGGUUUGUGAUGCCAGAGGAACGACACAUGAAGUUGCGGGACGUUCUAGACCUGAUCCAAGGGAAGGAGCAGAAACCCGGGGGUCGUGGAGUCUUCUACGUACAGAAACAGUGUUCUAACCUGCUGCAGGAGCUGCCUGAGUUGACCUCUGACCUGGAGCCACACAUACCCUGGAUGAGCACUGCCCUCGGGAAAACUCCAGACGCAGUGAACUUCUGGCUUGGAGAAGAGAGCGCUGUCACCUCAAUGCACAAAGACCACUAUGAAAAUGUGUACUGUGUGAUGUCUGGAGAGAAGCACUUCCUGCUGCUGCCUCCGACGGACCGCCCCUUCAUCCCCUACGGUCUGUAUCAGCCGGCCGUGUAUCACCAGCGUCCUGACGGAGAUUUCGACAUAAUCGACCAGGAAGGAGACAAGGUGCCCUGGAUCCCUGUGGACCCAGUGGACCCGGACCUGACCCGGUUCCCAGAGUACCGGUCGGUGCGGCCUCUGCAGAUCACAGUGAGAGCCGGAGAGAUGCUGUACCUGCCCUCACUCUGGUUUCAUCAUGUGAGACAAAGCCAUGGAGCUAUUGCAGUGAACUUCUGGUACGACAUGGAGUUUGACCUCAAAUACAACUACUACCAGCUGAUUGACCAGCUCAGCGGCAUCACCAUGACGACAAAAACACAAUUUGAGGAUGUUGACCACGUUCAUGUGGCUGGGGGAGACGUGUGA